GCUAGUGUCGCUCUUUAAAAUAUUGAAUAGAGGUUAUAAUUUCGAGCUGUCUUAAAGCUGAUGUUCACAAACAAAUUAAAACUUAAAUAUUUUUGUUUAUGUUACAUAAUUUGAAAUUAAUAAUGAUAAAGCGAUAAUAAAAGAGGAAUGAGAAUGAGCGAUUACGUUUAAAAUAGGGUAUCUUCGAUUCUCAAAAUGUUGCAUGAGAUUUUAUUGUCACUUUGGGGAUGUUCAACCAGUGUAUCGCAGAUGAUAGAGGCAGAUUCUAUAGAUCUUGACAAAUAUCUGCAUCCUGGGGAACAAGCGUUACUCAAAAAAAUAUUAGACAUUGCUAAGGAAUGCAAUGUCAUACGAAGUUUUAUACACACUGUGAACAGUGAGGAUACAAAAGAAUGUAUCCCUCCUGGCCUAUAUAUACGUGCUUUAUGUGAUGGAAUGGAUCAAGCUCUUGAAUCAUUUCGUGAAGAAAUAAUUGAACUAGAGCAAACAGUCUUAAAUGAUAAUCAUACACCUUUGUCGUUAAUUCUUUGCAAUGUUGAAAAAUACACUUGUCUAUUUUCUCUUUUGCAUUCCAUUAUUCGUGAGAUUCGUACGCAGAAACUCCAUGGUUGUAAAUUGUUGCAAUGUUUACAUCAGCGUAUGCAUACCGGAAUAUCUGAGAUCAGCUCCACUUUGGAAUUACUGACCCACUCUGUACAUAUAGUUUUCUACAAACAUCUAACAAGCUGGCUUUUGUAUGGGCACCUGGAAGAUGUUCACAGAGAGUUCUUCAUACAGAAAGCAUUGGAUUGUGAGAAAACCCUUGUGCAUGAGGAUGUGAAGAAUGACAUCGAGACACGCGAUCAAUCAACAAAUAGCAAAAAUAUCAGUGUUGAUAUGUGGGAUUAUAAUGUUCAAAUGGACAUGCUUCCAUCUUAUAUAAGACCAUCAUUGGCAAACAAAAUCCUGACCAUUGGUCAGACUGUUAUAAUGUUUGGAAAUGAUCCUAGGCAAAAGAAAGAUGUCAGCAUGAUGUCGAAAAGAGAAAAUUCCGUAUGGGGCGACAAGGAGUACGAGUAUUUCAGGAAACUUCAGAAUCUCCAAGCGAAAUCGGUUUUCAACAUCGUCGAGUUCGAUCGCACAAUCAACGAAUUAAAACAGUGCGUGACAGAACUUCUGUGGAACGUCGCCGUCGAAGAGGCACAACUGAUGCAACAACUAAGACUGGUGAAGGAAUUCUUCCUGAUGGGUCGCGGUGAUUUGUUCUUGGAAUUCAUCAAGCUUACGGCGCAUAUCCUGAAUAAGACACCGACAAGUCACACCUCCAGAGAUAUUAAUCUCGCGUUUCAAAUAGCGUUAAGAAAAAUGCAUUUGAACGACGAAAGCGCUAUAGAUAGUUUUAAUUUCGCGGUGCCCGUUCUACUUCCUUCCGAAAACGAGAAUGUAGAUACGGAUGCCACUGAUCUUCCCGAUAAUGAAAGACAAGAUCCCAACGAAAAGCGUGGAUGGGGUGUUAUCACACUCAAGUACAAAGUUGUUUGGCCGUUGCAUCUGUUAUUUAGUCCAGUCGUGUUGGAUGAUUAUAAUAUUUUGUUUCGCUUCCUGUUGAGAGUUAAAAAGACUCAAAUAGAUUUAUGGAGUCUUUGGAGCGAACACAUGCAUCAUAAAAAUAUUGACAUUGGUGUGAUCCAGUUGAGAAAUAAUUUAGUUUUCAUUGUCGACAAUUUACAGUAUUAUUUACAAGUGGAUGUAUUGGAAAGUCAAUAUGCCGUGAUGGAAACUAAUAUGAAAAGCACUCGAAAUUUUGAGGACAUACAAAAGGCGCAUUCUAUAUUCCUAGCUAAUGUCAUGUCGCAAACUUUUUUACUGAACAAUGGAACGGGAAAAAAAAAUUCGGUAAAUAUGUUGAUAAAUAUUUUGUUACGACUAUGCGACGAUUUCAUCUUACAAGCGUCCAUGUGGGAAGUCGGCAAUUUGCUUCCAACAGAGAAAGAGGAACUGAAAACAUUAUGUGAAACACUCGAUAGUGUGAUGGAUUGGUUGACAAAGACAUUGAACAGAGUGCGUGCACAACCUUGUGGAGAACACUUGGCUCGAUUACUAUUGAGACUCGAUUUCAAUAGGUGGUUUAGUAAAAAGUCUGAAAGAGAUAAAAAAAUCCACACAACAAAUAAAUGUUGAUAUAAUACUAUGAAAAAAGAUAAAACAUAUGGCUUUCUUGAUUCGUGUUAUCAUUAUUAAAUAAUUAAAUAUUUAGACAAAAAUAAUAAAAGA